UAGUAUGAGAGCUCAGAGCAUACCGUAAUUAAUAAUGAUAAGAAUAUUCAUUAGUUCAUUCAGUUUUAAUAUGUUUUAAAAUUCAACAUAAGUACAUAUUAUACUGUAUGUAAUACACAGUUUUAACUAAAAUAAUAUGGAUGUGAACAAUGUACAUAUUAUAUUUGAUAAUCCAACAGCAGUUUUUUUCCCUGGUGAAAUAAUUACAGGACGAGUUCUAAUUGUUGUUAGCAAUUUUAUUAAAAUAAAAAAAGUAAAAUUAAAAUUUAAAGGAGAAGGUAAUGUGUCAUGGAGAGAACAUAAUCUUAUGUCCAGAAGAAAUAGUAGGAAUGGAAAUAGAAAGCAUAGCCUUACACAUAAUAAGGCUAAAACUGAAAGAUAUACUGCAAAAGAAGAAUAUUUUAAUCACAAAAUAAUAUUAGCGGGUGGGGAACGAAAAUUACAUUUAAAUGAAGGGGAACAUGUUUAUCCAUUUAGUGUUUCCUUACCAGACCACUUACCAUCAACAUUUGAAGAAGAGUAUGGACGUGUACAAUAUACAGCCAAAGUAGUAAUUAAUGUACCUUGGGAUAUCAAAAAAGGUAAAGAAAUUACAUUUGAAGUUGUUUCUGCCUUAAAUUUGAAUGAUGACCCAUCCUUAGCUGAACCUAAAAUACUAGAAAGAGAAAAGUUUUACUGUUGUUGUUGUUGCAAGUCUGGACCAAUGACAAUGAUUGUCUAUGUACCUUAUACUGGUUUUGUUCCUGGAGAAUCUAUACCGGUUACAGUUGAACUGGAUAAUAACAGCAAUGUAGAUGUAGAUUCUAUUAAAAUAAAACUGGAAAGAGUAUUGAGAUUUAAAGCACGAUUUCCAAGUAGUAAAAUAAAAUCCAAACCAUUUAAGAUUGUUAACAUAUGUUUAGAUGGUAUUGAAAAAUACACUUCAAAAACCCGCAUGGAACAAAUUAAAAUCCCACAUAGUUUGACAAUACCAAAUUUAAAACAUUGCGGUAUUAUAACUGAUACAUAUUCUCUAAAUGUCGAGGCUUGCGUUAAUGGCGGAUAUAUAAAUGAAGUAAUUUCUGUUAAUAUAAAAUUGGGUAAUACACCAUUGACAAUAGCUACCAAUGUUCGUCAAUUUGAUUAUUCUUUCCAAUCGUUGAAUCAAAAUUACUUUUCAAACGAACAAAUUCCAACAAAUCCUCUUCCAUCAGUAGGGUUUACUGAGCCAAUUUCAGUUCCUGGAUAUGCUCAACUAGUAAUUCAAAGUAACUAAUUAUAUUCUGUUCCACACAAUAAUCUAUAAAAUUGGACGAUUCUCGCACAAAACAGUUAACUUCAUAAUCUGCACACCCAGAUCCACUAACACCUUGUCAAUUUUCGGAUCCAGAAAUAGUAACUGAUAUAUUAAUACAUAGCAUCUAUUAGUACAUUAUUCAUCAGGCUAAAUUUAUUUGUAGUACAUAAAUUAUCGUUUAUCUACUUCCAUAGAAAAUAUCCGAAAUAUUAGAUUCAUAAAAUUUAUUUUUUCAACUACCAAUGUAUACUAUUCAACUAUCAGAUUAUCUAACUAUUUAUAAAAUUAGAAUCAAAUUUGCUAUAACUUGAUCAUGGGAGUAACUAGAAUUUAAUAGUUAUUCAAGGGCUAGAGUCCUAGAAAACCAAAAUUAAAAAUAAUUUGAAGGCUAAUUGAGGCUAAAAAGUAAAACUUUAUGGGGGGGGGCUAUAUAUAAAUGCGAGGAUGCUAAGAUGUUUCUCCCCUAAUUAUGCCGAUGAACUUAAUUGAAGCAAAUUACACAUAGUAUUCAAUAUUUACAUUAAACAUAUGAUGUGAACUACAAAUCAAAAUAAAGAAAUUUUAAAUGAAAUGGCAGGUUCUAAUGGUCUUAUACAGAUAAUUAAGUUUAAUUAUUUAGAAACAAUUAUAAAAGAAAAAAUUGUCACUAAGAUAACAUCAAGGUAUCAUGGAAUUAUACAUUUAAUAUUUUAAUCUAUACAUGAUGGCCGA